UUUCUCCUCUCCGGUGUUCUUUUCUUGCCAUUCUGUCUGACGAAGAUUGUCACGUUAAGAGUUAAGAGUGAUUUGUAUUUUUGAGUAAUCCUUUGGCUUAUGAAUUGUCGCAGGUGUUGAAGUCGUAUUAUCAUAUAAAACGCGAGAGAAUCCGCGACUUUCUCGCCAUGACGAUUACGAAUAAGAUGGAGAUUGACGAGAAGGCCAUGAAGGGAGAGGGCUUCAAGCCUUACUACAUUACGAAAAUUGAGGAAUUGCAACUUAUUGUCGCUGAGAAAAGUCAAAAUCUGAGACGAUUGCAAGCUCAGCGCAACGAACUCAAUGCCAAAGUUCGCAUGUUGAGAGAAGAGCUCCAACUUCUCCAGGAGCAAGGUUCUUAUGUGGGUGAAGUAGUAAAGCCGAUGGACAAGAAGAAAGUUCUUGUCAAAGUCCAUCCAGAAGGAAAAUUCGUUGUAGAUAUCGACAAGAACAUUGACAUCAAUGAUGUGACUCCAAACUCUAGAGUAGCUCUGAGGAACGAGAGUUACACUCUCCACAAAAUUUUGCCAAACAAAGUCGAUCCUCUCGUUUCUCUCAUGAUGGUAGAAAAAGUUCCAGACUCCACUUACGAGAUGGUCGGUGGUUUGGACAAGCAGAUCAAAGAAAUCAAAGAGGUUAUCGAACUUCCCGUUAAACACCCUGAACUUUUUGAUGCUCUGGGUAUCGCUCAGCCCAAGGGGGUUUUGCUCUAUGGACCACCCGGUACGGGAAAAACUCUGUUGGCUCGUGCAGUUGCCCAUCAUACGGAGUGCACUUUCAUCCGAGUUUCCGGUUCCGAGUUGGUACAGAAAUUUAUUGGAGAAGGUUCGCGAAUGGUGCGAGAACUUUUUGUUAUGGCGAGAGAACAUGCGCCUUCCAUUAUUUUCAUGGAUGAAAUUGAUUCUAUCGGAAGCUCUCGUAUAGAAUCUGGUUCGGGGGGAGACAGUGAGGUGCAAAGAACUAUGCUCGAACUGUUGAAUCAAUUGGAUGGUUUCGAAGCUACUAAAAACAUCAAAGUCAUCAUGGCUACCAAUCGAAUCGACAUCUUGGAUCCUGCACUUCUCCGUCCGGGUCGUAUCGACCGGAAAAUCGAAUUCCCACCACCAAACGAAGAAGCAAGGCUCGAUAUUCUUAAAAUUCAUUCGAGAAAAAUGAACCUCACGAGAGGAAUAAACCUGAGAAAAAUCGCUGAACUCAUGCCUGGAGCUUCAGGUGCCGAAGUAAAGGGUGUAUGCACAGAAGCAGGAAUGUACGCUCUACGAGAACGCAGAGUUCACGUUACUCAGGAGGAUUUCGAAAUGGCGGUUGCUAAAGUGAUGCAAAAAGAUUCGGAAAAGAACAUGUCGAUCAAGAAACUGUGGAAGUAAACAGUCGGGCCACCGGACUAACCGAAUUUUAUAGCAUCUCUCAUCCUCCAUUUUUAUUCUCAAUUGUCACACGUUGAUCGGAUGACGAGUCAUCGUAAGAUCCCGGAAAGCGAUGACCGAUUUCUAUACAUACGAAUAUACUCUACAUAUAUCCUGAACGAAAUGAACGUUUGCCGUAUUUCAGUGCACUAUAAAUCGGUCGUUUCUAUAUUGAAGCGAUACAAAUAUUCCGAUAAAGAAAAAACGUUAGUUUUUUUUCUUUCGCAAGGAUCAGACCUUCCGUUCACCGCAUAACUUCUUUCUGUCUUUGCGAUCACAGACCGAAAUCACGGGCCAAUAAAAAAUAACGCGAAUAAUAAAUAAAAAAUCCAGCUUGAUUUCGGCCCAAUUAUAAAUUACUGGAAAGUAUUAAUUCGUAAAAUCUGAUCAGUCAUAAACUUGUAAAAUAAUA